AGGGAGCUUACAGGUGCGCACGGCCGCGCGCUUUACUUAUGAACUCAUCGCACUUCAGCACGCAGAGAUCGCGAGAUGCGUUAAUAAUUGUGAAUCAUUCAUUUUUCACCUGAUCCAGAUAAUUGUAUUUGAGUUUCUUUGGAUUUUUUUGCGUUUUUUGACUUGAUCAGCGCACAUUGCAGAAACAGCGUAUUUGGCGGUCAUUGUCAGAUAAGUAGCCUACCUUUGACAGCCUCUAAUAUAACAUAAACUGUAAUUAAUGGAUCGUUUAAAGUUGGUUUUACAAUAUUUCCAGUCAAAUUCGGAGUCCAUCUCCAAUGGUAUCUGUAUAAUAUUGUCACUGAUAAGCGUCAAGUUGUAUACAAGUUUUGAUUUCAACUGCCCCUGUUUACCGCAAUACAAUAAGAUGUACUCAAUGGGGGUCAUGUUCGUCCCCCCAAUUAUACUGUUCCUUUUGGGAGUGUUAGUUAAUCGCCAUACUGGGGUGAUGAUGGAAGAGUGGGCCAGACCCCUGGGCAAGAGGACAAAAAAUCCGGCUGUGGUAAAAUUUCUACUGUCAUCAAUGAUGCAACGGUCCCUUCUCGCCCCCAUGGUCUGGAUUUUGAUGACACUCUUGGAUGGAAAAUGUUUCAUCUGUGCAUUUAGUAUGAACGUAGACCCUAAAUAUUUUACAGGAAUACCUAACAGCACCGGACUAGAACUAAUCAAGAUCAUGGCUAAGGUGCCUUGCAAAGAAGAUAUCAUCUUCAAAAACAGCAGUUUUCGGAAAGCUAUAUCACGCUAUGUGCGUUGUUACUCUCAAGCAAUCGGCUGGUCGAUACUCCUCAUCCUUAUUCUUUUGGGUGCCGUGGGUCGCGUCAUCAAGCCUUGCUUCAAUCACGCCACUUUUCUGCAGACUCGUUACUGGAGCAAUUACCUGGACAUUGAACAGAAGCUCUUCGAUGAGACCUGUGUCCUUCAUGCCCGAGAUUUUGCCAGAAAAUGCGUGGUUCAGUUCUUUGAGAGCAUGCGAGAAGAUGUGACUGUGAGAAUGCCCCUCUCAAGUGCACUCAGAGCCAGCACAAUCCGUAAUGAAUACGAAGAGGAAGAAGAAGAACGUCUGCAUGGUAUUACCAGGCAAGAUCAGGUGGAUCAUUUGCUGCAAACAUGGUAUGAGUGCAAACCAGAACUGGAUGUGACCAAGAUGGCCUAUAAGCCCAAAGUAUGCAUCACUUGGGAAGAUUGCAAUGGGAAGGUGUUAUUCUCUGAGGUGUGAAAUUGAGAAAAACAGAUCUCACCUCUUAAGUAAGAAUUCAUGCAAAUAUGUGAUGUUAAUAAAGGUAAUGAAAAAAUAUUGAUGAAUCCCAAAAUUGUAAUAAAUUGAGGUCUAAAUAACUGAUUAUUGUUCAUUCAGAGGCAAAAGCUUGCAUGCUGAUGCAUAUGUAAUGUACAAUGAAUGUUUCAUCAUAUGAAUUUAGAAACCAAACAUUUUUUAAUUGUAAUGCUGUUGUCAGAUUAUUGUCAAUUCAGAAAGCAUUUUAACCCAUUUCAAGAGCUUGCAUGCUGGAGCAUUUGAAUAUGCUGGGAUUUAGUUUGUGUAAUUUUGCAUUUCUCUCUCCACACACAUUACACAACAACCUCAUGGAUAUGGCUUGGAUGCAAAUGACUGCGGAACCUUGGCAACACCUGAAAAAAGAUGUGUAAUGUUCAUGUAUAUGUCUGUCUGUAUUGUGUAUGUGUAUUUAUUAAUAAACAAUUAUGUUUAUCAUCUUAGCUGUGUGACAGACCACUGUCACCAAAUGUUGUAUUUGUAUAUUUUAUGCAUGACUUGAAAUGUACUUUUGCCUCCAGUAAACAUUUUCAGUGUGA